AUGGCACCCGCUGCGACGUUGAAGGGGAAGGCUCCCACUCUCAAAACACUGCAGAUGAAAUUGAAGAGAUUGCAGACAUCAUUCAACAACAUGUACCGGUUUAUGGAGGAGUGGUCGGAAAACACCAAGAUCAGCGAGUUUUCGGUACGACAUGAUCGACUUGAGCCGUUGUGGGACGAAAUGAAUGAUGCGAUUGACGAAUUCGCUUCUCAUGAGGAAAAUACGGAUGCAGAGUCAGCAGUUAAGGAAAGAAUGGAUUUUGAAAACCGGUUUUUCGAAUUAAAGGCACUUCUUAUCGAUCGUCUGAAGGAUGUUCCAGAGGCUGCGGCGCUUAACCAAUCUCAACUUGGACACACACAUGAUAUUGCCAGCCGAAGGUUUCUUCAGAUUAAGAGACGUUUGGAACGGGAUUCAGAGUUGAAAAAACAGUACCAUGAUUUUAUGCAGGAAUAUGAACAAUUAGGACAUAUGCGGCGAGUUCCUGACGAUGAUGUUGCAACAACAAAGCGUUACUAUCUUCCUCACCAUCCAGUGGUGAAGGAAUCUAGCACCACGACGCGCGUAAGGGUGGUGUACGAUGCGUCGUGCAAGUCGUCUUCUGGCGUCUCCCUGAAUGACGCUCUUUCAACUGGACCCGUUGUACAGGAAGACUUACGAAGUAUAACUCUGCGCUCUCGUACUCGGUUAGUGCUGUUGAUCGCGGAUGUGAAGAAAAUUUCCGUCAAAUAG